UUCUUCUCUUUCCCUCUCAUUUCCUCUUCUCUCAACUAUCAACUCACUUUUACUUCCCAACUCAACUCUUUCUUUCUUAAGCUCACAUCAUCAUCUUCUUUCUUGUUUUUGUGAAGACUUAUUAGUUUCUCCGCCGAAAUUCAACCCAAAAACGAUAAUGUUUUAAAUUAUUGUUUACCUUCAAAAGCUUUUAAAAACAUUUCUAAAGAAAAUCAUUUAUGGCUGACAACAUGGCGAGUAUUGAAUCUUGGAAUUUCCGUCACUCUUUCGCAGACACAUGGAUCACCGAUGCUCUUCAGAAAUCGAUUUCGAGCGCGAAUCCAGCAACCGAUACGCUAUCUCCGUUGCUAAACCUCAUCAAGCCCGACAUGACUACGUCGCCUACUCCAACAGUUUCGGGCGUAUCGGGCGGUUCGGAUCCCGAGACUCCGAUACCGAAACGCCAGCGAAACGCGAUUCCGGUUUCUGGAGGUGUAGGGAAGGUUUCGAAACGGAAAUCGCGCGCUUCGAAGAGGUCACAGACGACUUUUAUAACGGCGGACGCAGCGAAUUUCCGCCAGAUGGUGCAACAGGUUACCGGCGUGAGAUUCGGUAACGCGUCGUCGGUUCCGAUGGUGCCUAUACUGAAGCCGGAGCCGCAGAGACCCGGUAACCGGUUACCAGGAGGAGGAGUAGGAGUUGGAGCUUGCUUGCCGACUCUCGAUACGUCGGCGUUUUUGUUGGACCAUCAUCAGCAGCAAGUGGUGGGAUCCAACUCAGCUGCGGCUUUAGCUGGAGGAGCUGGAACUGGACUUGGUGGGUCGGGUGGGCCACUUUCUUUUGGGUCGAAUCUGGGUCACGUUUCUGAUGGUCCCGGUAUUGGUAGUUUCGGUGGUGGGUUUGAUUUUGACACAUUCGCGAACUUUCCCACUCUCGAGUCGUGGAAAGUCAUGUGAUACUUCCCAGCAUAUUUUUUUGUUUAAUUUUAUCUUACCCUUAUGAAUAUGGUUUUUUCUUUUUUAGAUUUUAAUUUUAACCCAGGACCCAGUGGUUGGAUCUGUUUAUAAUUUGGGGGAGACCGUGUUUGGGUAGUAACUCUUUUUUUUUUCUUUUUUGUUGUUGUUGCAGCAUAGUUUCGUUGUUAAUUAGUGGUGUAAUGGUGAUAUGGUAUAUUAUUAUGGAUUAUGGAUUACUUAUGGAUUAUGGAUUA